AUGGAGCAAGUAAAAGCCGGUGCAUAAGUGGGAACGUGGACACUGGCAAGUUUCUGUGUGAUGACUGGAAACGCGAGCUAACUUUGGACUUCGACUAGAGGCUGAAGCCAACGACCCACAGCUCUUGAAGAAGCACUCCAAGCUACAAACUUAUACCACGAGCAAAUACACAUAUAGGAAUAUUCGUGUAUUCUUCCGGGAGCAUCCUCAGUAUGAAAAGUUGCCUACCACUCCAGCACCACUUCCACUCCUUGUAUUCAUCCACGGUCUUGGCGGCUCUGUCGCUCAGUUUAAUCCCUUAUUGACAAGUCUAGUCAACCUGGCAUCUUGUCUAGCAAUUGAUUUGCCAGGAUGCGGUCUUUCUGAAUUUGAUGAGAAAAGUUGGGAUGCUUAUAAAAUAGAGAAUCUGGCAGAGCUUGUUGGCCUUGCGAUCGCUGAACACAGAGCUCCAGGGCAAGGAGUGGUGCUAAUAGGACACUCGUUGGGUUGCUCUAUUGCUGCGUUGAUUGCCUCAAAGACCUCCACGCCUCCCAAUCUGGUUUACGAGCAUAUUAUUGGCCUAGUCGCAAUUUGUCCACGAGCUGAACCACCUACUGAAAAAGAGGUUGCGUUGUUCAACAAACUGCUCUUAAUCCCUUCGCCUGUAUUUGAUUUAUGGAGGCGUUGGGAUAGGCGUGGUGGCAAAGACAGUGCUAGUGUUCAAAGAUUUGUUGGUUCUGACGCAGAUGACCAGACCAAGUUACUGCAAUGCCGAUUCAACGAACAGAGCAGAACACCAGUUUGGAGACGGAUGGCUUCAGGGACUUUGCCAAAGUAUCAGAAUGGAAUCGCAAAAGACGGUAUACCAGGCAGAAAUAUCUGGGCUGGUAUCAAUAUGCCAGUGUUUUUAGUGGCUGGAGAAGCAGAUCAUGUUACCAAGCCAGAGAAUAUAGAAAAGAUCUCAUCAUUUCUUAGCAAGGGUACAGAUAUCCAGGAACGACCAAGCGAUGAAAGCGAACCCACUGUGGUGGAUGCAGCUGCCCCAAUUGACUCUGAAGUCACCAGCGACGAAAGGUUUUCUGUCCCGCCUACUAACAAGCGGACCACAUCAGCUAUUAGAGAUCAAGAUUUCCUGGAGCAUGAAGAUCUCACACUUGAAGAUCCACACGAAGACCCUUCAACACCCAAUGAGACACUUACAGCCAUUCCAACUCAAGAGUCCAAACCAAAGAAGACACUCAAAACUUCGAUUCUUCCGGCUCCCGCUUCACACGCGAUGCUCUAUCAAUCCGCUGAAGUUCGCAUUCUCGCAGGACUCAUCUCGGAUUUCCUCGCAAAGCAUAUCUCCCCUCGCCUAGAUCUCGGCUGGCAACUAUCGUAUUUGAGUUCGUCAGGAAAAUGGGAUGUCAAAAAUUUAGCAAAGUGGCAAGCUGUCAAACCAGUUUCGGAACCCAUCAACUCGGUCUUUCGUGCUAUGAAGACUUUACGUGAGGUAGAUCCCUCACAUUCACCCCUGGUUUUCGUCAAAGACUGGGGUGGUCAAAUAAAAGAUAUCGUCGACAUCUCUCAUGAGGCGCCAGUAUAUGAUCCUAAAGGAUUGGAGAAGGGUGGGAUUCGCUAUCACAAAUUUCCUACUGUCUCGAAGAUCCCACCUACCGAAGCGGAGGUUGACGAAUUCAUCCUUUUCAUUAACAAAGUUCGUGAAGAGCAGAAAACUCGAGCUGUAGAGGAGGGAUGGGAAAUGAAGGAUGUCUAUAUUGGUGUCCAUUGCCAUUAUGGGUUCAAUCGGACGGGAUUCUUCUUGGUUUCGUAUCUCAAGGAGCGCUGCGGGUUCACGCUUGAGGGAGCGAUAGCUGAGUUUGCGAAGAAGAGACCUAAGGGCAUUAAACAUGCUCAUUUCUUGGACACGCUAUAUGUACGAUAUUGCAAGGGGUUGAAGAGGGCGCCAACGAUUUGA